AUGACAACUCCAGGAUCUGUUGAAGAUUCAUCUUCUAAUAACCCGGCUGGCAAACAGGGGAUUUUAUCAUUUUUCCAAAAUAUCAAGACUAAAGAAGAAGAAGAAGUUAUCGAAGUAGUGGAUAGCGAUGAUGAGAAGAGAACUGUUGCAAAGCAGGAACCAGAGUCAAAACCACAAUCACAGUUGGAGGUAGAAAAAGAGGAACAGGAUAAAGAUGUGAAUGUUAAAGAUGAACCAUCGAACACCAUGAAGCAAUUAAAAGAAGUUGUAGUUUUCCCAGAAUCGACCACAGAAGAGAAACGUAAGCAGAAGGCAGAGCAAAGCCAAAAACGUGAAGAUAUGAAAAGACAGAAAGAUGCUGAUAAGCAACGACGUGAGGAAUUGAAAAGGCAGAAAGAUGCUGAUAAGCAACGACGUGAAGAAGAGAAAUUGAAGAAAGAAGAUGAGAAGAAAUUGAAGAAGGAAAAUGAGAAGAAAGCUAAGGAGGAGGAGAGAUUAAAGAAAGAGGAAGAGAAGAAAUUGAAGAAAGAAAGUGAAAAGAAGGCCAAAGAGGAGGAGAAAAUGAAGAAAGAAAAUGAAAAAAAGGCUAAAGAGGAGGCUAAGGAAAGAUCACAAGCACGUAUUGGUAAUUUCUUCAAAAAAGUAACUGAUUCCAAUAAACCUACUAAUGUUCGUUCCGAUUACGAAAAAUUCUUUUUACCAUUUUACUCAAAGGAAGGUGUUGUAGUUAGUCGAUCGGGCCAAUUGUCAUCUGCUGAAAUUAAUGAGAAUAGGACCAGAAUCGAUUCACUUUUAAAUCAAAGGGAAGAUGACAAUCAAGUCUUAGAAUGGUUAGAUUCUGGACAAAAUUCCGUAAAGACUUCAUUACCAAUAGCCUACCAAGCGGUAUCACUGCUUCAACAAAUGACUUCAAAAGAAAAAUCAGAUCAAGAAUUACAAAGUCUUUUAUCAUUGAUCCCCCACAAAUAUAUCAAAUUCUAUGAAAAUGUCAGGCCACCUUACAUGGGGACCUACUCCAAAGACAUAAUUUUACCGGUGGAUAAUCCAUUUUCCACCAGGGAUACUGGUUAUAAUUACGAUUAUGAUUCUGAUUUAGAAUGGGUCAACGAAGAGGAAGAAGAAGUGGAAGGUGGAGUAGAGAAUUUAGAAAGCGGUGAAGAAGAUGAAGAUGAUGAUGAGGAGGAAGCAAGCGAAGGUGAGUUUGAUGGAUUUCUGGAUGCAGAGGAUAACGGUGAUCAAAGUGGAUCUGGUAAGAAAAGAUUCAUAGGACCCCUGAUACCGACAGUAUGUCUGCGAAAGAACCAAGAUCAAAUGGAAGAAGAUGAUAAACAAUAUUUUAACAUGGUAGCUGUACAGUGCCUGAUAGAAGAACAGCCUUUCCCUAUAGAACCUAAUCAAUACGUUAAACCUCAAGUGGAAAAUGUUAAAAAAAUAUCGACAGAUUCUCAACCACAAGAUGCAUCAUCGCCAUCGGUAUCACCAGAGAAGAAGAGCAAAUCGCUUAUAUCUGAACCAAAAGAUUUACUAAAACUAUUCGAUGAGAUUCAAGAUAGCACCUUCUCCUUAGGUACAGUAACAGAAAUUGCGCAGAAGAAUUUGCCCCUCUAUAGUAAGCAAAUGAUAAAAAACACUGUUAAGGAAUACGCAGUAAAGACUACUUGGGGGACAUCACGUAAAUGGGCUAUCAAAGAUCCUCAACAUUGGGAAAAACUCCGCUCUGCAUGUAACAACAACUGA